AUGAAGAGCUUCAUGCCCUGUGGGGGUCCCCUGGAGCUGGUGAGGAGGUUGGUGCCAGGCUGGCCCAGCAGCUGCCCCGGGGGGGCCGGGACGGAGCUGUCCAGGCUCCGCUUCCGCCACUUCCGCUACCAGGAGGCCUCGGGGCCUCGGGAGGUCUGCCAAAAGCUGCUGGAGCUGUCCCAGCGCUGGCUGAGGCCUGAGGUGAGGAGCAAGGAGCAGCUGCUGGAGCUGGUGGUGCUGGAGCAGUUCCUCAGCAUCCUGCCUGAGGAGAUCCAGAGCUGGGUCUGGGUCAGGCACCCGGAGUCCUGCGCCCAAGCCGUGGCCUUGGCCGAGAGCUUCCAGCUGGGAGCUGCGGAGCCCCAAGGGAUCUGGGAGCAGAAGGUGACCCUGAGGGUGAAGCUGGAGGAGAUGCCACCAGGAGCUGUGGAGGAGCCUGAAGCACCCAGGGACCUUACCACACCCCCCUCAGCGUCUCCCCACGUCCCCAGCAGGGCCAGGGGGCAGCAGGAAGUGACCCAGGCCAAGGUCCUCGAGGUUGUCCCUGAAGCUGAGGAGCUGCAGGAGGAAGGUCCCACCACGGCCCCCAGCCACCUGGAGACCUCCACAUCCCACCCUCCCCCCACUCCCCUCCAGGGAAGAAGGCGACGACGACUCCACGGACCUCAACCCCCUGCAGAUGCCACCAGCUCCUCCCAACCCCUCCACCGACCUCCUCUUGACCCCUUGGAGGCCAAGGAGGAGGUCCCCAAGCUUCGGCCCUACCCUUGCGGCCAGUGUGGGAAGAGCUUUGGCCGCCAGACCCACCUGAGGACCCACCAGAGGACCCACAGCGGCCUCAAGCCCUACUGCUGCGGCUCCUGCGGGAAGAGCUUUGGCCACCUCUCCACCCUGACCACCCACCGGCGGCUGCACACCGGGGAGAGGCCUUACCGCUGCGGCUCCUGCGGCAAGACCUUCACCAACCCCUCCGACCUCACCAAGCACCGCAGGUCCCACACCGGGGAGAGGCCUUACCCCUGCGCCCGCUGCGGGAAGAGCUUCAGCCAGCAGUCCAACCUCAGCAUGCACCAGAGGUCCCACACCCAGGAGAGGCCUUACCCCUGCGGCCUCUGCCCCAAGAGCUUCAAGUACUUGGCCGACCUGAGGGUCCACCAGAGGUCCCACACCGGGGAGAGGCCUUUCUCCUGCCCUGGCUGCGGGAAGAGCUUCAGCAACAAAUCCUCCCUGGCUCGGCACGGCAGGAUCCACGCCAGGGAGGCCGGCGGGGACCAGGGAGGGAGGGAGGGGGAGCCCUCCCAGAUGCCACCAGCCCCCUCCUAG